AUGGAGAUCUUCUAUGAUAGAAUUAAAUCCUUGGAGAAUCUUAUAAAGAGCAAGUGCAAAGAAGAACAGAUUCCAGGACCAAAGUUCUGGGGAUACCAUAAUCCGGAAUGGAUUUUAUGUCGGAAGGGAAAAUUACAAUCGCCUAUAGAUAUUGAUCCGCAUAAUCUCAUAUACGACCAGAACCUACGGGAGUUAGAAAUAGGACAAGACAAGAUAGACGGAAAGCUAAUAAAUACAGGUCACGAUCUGACCUUGAUAGUAGAUGACCUUGACUUCACCUUCACGGGGGGUCCCCUAUCCUAUGACUAUAUUGUUUACGAGAUUAAAAUACACCUAGGGAACUCGGAUCGCAUUGGAUCAGAACACACAGUGGGUGGCAAUGCUUUUCCUAUGGAGAUACAAAUAGUUGGUUAUAACGGAGAAUUAUACACAAAUGCAUCACAAGCUCUCCUGUCGCCACACGGAUUGGCGGCAAUAUCUGUUAUGGCCAUGGUGACAGAAUCAGGAAACGAACAUUUUGGACAACUUGUUGACAUGUCAAAAAGUAUUCAGCAUAGAGGAAUGCAAAAAGACAUACAAGGGUUUUCCGUAUCACAAAUGUUGCCUACGUCAGAUUACUUCAUUACGUAUGAGGGGUCACUCACACAACCUGGCUGUCACGAGACGGUCACGUGGAUAAUAUUGAAUAAGCCUAUACAUGUAUCAAAAGAUCAGCUACAUUUACUACGGGAAUUGACUUUUACUGGUGGAAAAGGAGACGGUCUUAUGGAAAAUAACUUUAGGCCGCCAUUACCACUCAAUAGGAGGCUAGUGAGGACAAAUAUACAAUCUAACUCCCAGGAUGAAGAAUGCCAUGCAAGAAAAGUUACAUUUUAUCAAGUAAAUUAUAAACUUACGGAGCCCUAAGGAGUCCCACCCAUGGUGUUUACUUUCAUUUUCAAUCUGAGCUACAGGCCCUUGGAGUUUGAUCUGCAAGGAGGAGUGCUGGGGGUAACACGAUAGUGGCUUCCGAAGGCACAGACUGAUGAUUGGUGGUCCUAGCGCAAGGUUGCCUUCAGACCCCACAGAUAACCAAUCAACGCCAGGGAUGCCGACAUGACGCGGUAUGACGUCACAAAGGAUGAGCUUGUCGAAGUGAAUAACAGAAUAUGUACUCAGAAAAGUCGUUCUGUUCGGAAGUUAUAUUAGAAAAAGGAAUUAUGCGUAUGGCUGAAAAGCCUGUUUGGCUUAAACGUACCCGGGACAGAAUCCUACUUGAAUCAUCUCGUGUGUUCAUCAUGUGUGUGAGGAUAAUGACUAUCUGCUGAUGAGCGUAUGAUAUUCUGUAUGAAAGAUACAUUCAACAUGUUAUACGGUGUUUUUGUUAUCUUAAACUGACCAUCAAAUAGUCAAUUUCUGUCUUAAAUGUAUUUGUAAUUCAAAUCAUAGUAUAUAUAUCAGAACAUGCUAUUUUCAUUGAAAUUGUGAUCUAGACUUUUUAAUUCAAGUUAAAGACCUGUUCCUCAAGAUACAUUAUCAAUGAUAUCUAUUAUCUGUUAAAGACUGUAACAUGUAACAUAUGUCCUCGAAAAAAACUAACAUGGUUUAUUUAUAACCAAAUACCAUUAUCCGUUCACGUUUUUUUCAUUUGAUUGAUCCCUAAACGACCAUGCUAGACCUAUGGUCUCCGCUGAUGAUAUACACAGAAAAAAUAUAUUGAUAUUAAGAUGCAGAGAUGCUAUCACAAUUAUGUCAAUGUUUAGUUGUAUUGCUUUAUAUUUAAAAUUAGAAAGUUAAUGAUUUUAGGAAUAAGUACUGUUACGAAAUGCACGACCUAGAUGUUCCUAAAAGACAUGAUCAAAUGGUACAUGAUGUAAUUCGUGCCAUGGAGCUAUUCAACGUUAGAUUAGUUGCAAGGUGCUCUUUAUUUAUCACGUCAUCAACGAAGAAAAUCUGUUCUUUGUAUAACCUAACAAUUAAGUAUACCUGCUUCAAACUAAAUCAGUCCAGUCGUAUCAAAGGUGCAAUGCUUUAACUAACAUACUUUGAUACCAGGCUACAACAGAAUGGUAUUAAUAUAGUGCAUUCUGGCACGUCAUGCUAGUUGUAGUGUCAAUAGCAAAGCAUAGUAUCGUACUUAGUAACAUGCACCAAUAGUCGCUUAGGUGCAGGGUCCCUGAUAUGACCCCGAACGGUGAGAAAUUAAAUUGACCAUUUAUUCAAUCGCGAUUUAUCGACCUUGUUUUAUGUUCAUGUCUGCUUAUCUUUAAUCAUAGCAUACGCGUUAAUUAAUUUCGCAAUCUGCUUCGAAACUCAUGAGAAAACAACGUACUUCAUCCAGCGGUUUAUUAGAUGGCUGCUUUCAGGAAAAAUAUCUUAUCAAGCUGUAUAUCAAGUUAUACCGAAUGUACUUUCAAAUUUGUUUUGAAUUAGAUUGACAUAUAGCAAAAUGCAUACAAUUGACUUUGGCAUAGAAUGUAUGCAUUUCUCUCACACGAUUUGUAUCCUACUCACGCCUACUGUCGAAUCCAGGGUCUUGUGUGUCAUCUGCUUAUAGUUCAGCGCGAGUUCUAGUAUACAAUUACAAUCUCUUUUGUACAACCUUUGAAUAUCAAACACCUGCCAUCGCCCCAAAAGGGAGAUCAUUUUUAAUUGGCGUGGCUUACUGCCUGAAAUUGUACGGCUUAAAUUCCAUCAGACACUGAAUUUAUUCACACAUCAAAUAGGUCUGACAUAAUACAUCGCUUGCUGUUGUUUGUUUAAGCAAAGACAAUGGUGGUGAACGCAUGAGGAGAAAUAAAUGUCGCAGAAAGUGUUGAAAGGCAGACAUGGGGAAUAUAAUCAUGAAAAAACAAAACUACCAAGCCUUGUCGCCCUGAGUACGGUUAAGAAUAUGUGUGCAAAUGUCAAUGCGUUUAAAUACAGCCAUUGUUAGAAUGAUUCCUCACUUGUAUUUCUUUGUAUCUGUCUAAAGCAUGCAUCAUACAAACAUCGUAAAUACGAAUUAGAAUAAGGAUAUAAAUAUAAAUGUAUAUUGUUUUGACAGGAUUGUCUGACUUAACAUGCGCUGGAGUUACGUAACCUAUUUUUGUCACUUCAAACAAACAAAAUCCGUCCUAUUUUAAUUACUGUGUUUGUCGUUACCUGUUGUUCUUAAGUGUCUCGUCGUAGAUAUCAAAAUGACAUCAUCAAUAUACCUGAAACGUUAUUUGAGUACGAGAUUUCAUUUCAUGUCCUUAUUUGUUCAUGCAAGUUAUUCAUACGGAAAUAACAGGAAAACUGAAACAGUAUAACGAGCUUCGUAGUAACCAUGGUAAUGUUUUGAAGUUAUGUUUUGUAUACCUUGAAUACAUUUGUCUAUUUUGAUUCAUUUAAAUUGCUGAAUAUGACAUGUGAUCUUUUGGUAAGAAAAUAAAUCUGUUUCAAUAAA